AUGCAUAAUGACAAUUAUGUUGGUAAGACUCAACUUAUAGAAUGGAUGAAUAAAACAUUGGAUUUAGAAUACACUAAAGUCGAAGACUGCGCUAAUGGUGCAGCUUUUUGCCAAAUAAUAGAUGCGAUUUAUCCCGGUACAGUUCCUAUGGGUAGAGUAAAUUUUAAUGCCCAACUUCAGCAUGAAAACUUCGAAAAUUAUAAAGUAUUACAAGAAGUUUUUUCUAAAAACGGAAUUAAACAAUUUAUUGAUGUAGAAAAUCUUUCUGCCGGCAAAUAUAUGGCAGUUUUAGAGAUGCUACAGUGGCUAUAUGGAUUCUACGAAGCUAAUAAACCAGAUCAAGAGUACAAUGCCAAAAGUAGACGCCAUUCUAAAACCAGAUCGAUCCCAAAGCCUUUACAUAGGACAGGCCAAUACCAAAGAUCUACAGAAUCUACAACUCGUUCAGGAGCUCCUCUUCCUCUGAAACCUACAGAAUCUAUAACUCGCUCGGGGUAUCCUCCUUCUCAAAAGAAGCCAAGAACACCUGCAAACGCUCCUAAACAAGAACCUCCGAAAUCUGCCACCGACCCAGCUUCAUCUCCAACACAAGCACAAGCUCCUGCUGAUCCUGCUGGUACUCCAAUACAAGAAGCACAUUGGAAGGCUCGUAUUAAAGAAUUAAAGACAGAAUUGAAAGGUGCCAAAGAGGACUUAGAAGGAAUGACAGAAGAAAGAGAUUUCUACUAUGACAAACUAAGAAGAGUCGAAGAUUUCUGUCAACAACACGAAGAUGUCGAUUUAAUCCAAACAAUUUUAGGAAUUCUGUAUGAAACUGAUGAAGCACAAGGAUUCCUUCCACCACAAGACGCCGAGUAA